GCAGCUCGCGCGAGACAGGUUUUAUUUAGAGGCCCAGAAUUCCAUCAAAGUUGUAUGCAUGAAUCUGCCAAAGACACUAUGCAUAUGUCGAAAGAACAGCCUUCCUCUUCUGCUGGUUCUGCCAGUGACUCAGUACCAAUUCGCUUGCAUACCGUGCGAGUUUGGUUUCCUCUCAGCGGACUUCGUAUCAAGGAAGAAAUAAAAAGAGCGGGCCUUAAAGAUGAGAUUUUUGACGCCAUUGUCCUCCAAGAUUUCAGCGUCCAGCAUCAAACCCAAAAUUUUGGCAUCAUAAAAAAUGCAUUCCUAGUGGACCUUGCAGUGCUUGAGACUGGUAUCUGA